CCUACGGAAAGACUGGCCUCCCCAGUCAUCCUACAGAAGAACUGGCCUCCCCCAGUCAUCCUACAGAAGGACUGGUCUCCCCCAGUCAUCCUACAAGGAACUGGUCUCCCCCAGUCAUCCUACGGUGCAUUCCUCUGGGGCAGAGGAAUCAUCAAUUGACAGAAGUCUCUGGCACCUCUGCUAAAAUCUGGUGUCCACAUCUCUCCUGCCAGUUUAAUGAUCUCUGUAAAGAACUCUGAACUCCAUGACGACAUCCAGGCAACGAAACACAACGCUAAGAGUAGCAGAAACCAUACAGUGUGCAAGAGGUUACAUAGUCCCAUGUGUCUUUCCCCUGUGGUGAACGUGAAGCUCCUGAGAUCUGGUACACAACCGAAGAGGAUGAAUGGAAAGAAAGAUGCUGAAGACCCAGGGUCUGACGUGAGGAGUCCACCGUCUCCUACAGAGUUACAGAGUGACGAGCCUUUGAACAACGGGAUGCUGAAAGAUUGUGAUCGCCCAGUCCAUGUUCUACAACACCAGGAUAUGAAAGCUGAGCGUAAGCAUCCUACAACCACCGACUGCAUCUCUGAGUCAAGGUCUGAGUCCCAGCUGACAGAUGAAGGGUCUGAGAAACUAGGUGGAAAAGCCCAGACUGAGAUGAUCAGUACUAGAARCGGGCGUGUCAGGAAGAGUCUUGUUAGAUCAAACACAGUCCAAACCAGCUCAGUGAAAGACGGCGCGGCUCUCAGGGACGGCCAGCAAACCGUUUCAUGUAAAGUUAUUAUUGAAAGACUCAGCCCUGACAUGAGGGAAGGGAUCAGGCCAGUCUUGCCUGUGGGCCACUUCCCAGAACCCACAGCAGCCUUGCCUGUGGGCCGCUCCCCAGAACCCACAUGGAAAGUUCCUAUUGGGAAGGUUCGCUUUGAAGUGGGUCCUCCACUACGUCCUCUUCUGAUGCCUCUCACUGUAACUCCUCCGAGACCGGUAAAACCUGGCAAUCCAAGACAGGGGAUUGGUAAACUGUCCUKUCCCYCACCAAUGGCAGGACCUCUUUCCCCUGUGGGGUCYCAAACAGCACCYGAUGGUCAGAUGUUGAGCUCCCCGUCUCGAACCACCCCUUCCUCACCACUACAGUUUGGUUCAGCCACUCCUAAACACGCUGUUCCUGUUCCAGGGAGACUUCCUGCCUUCAGCCCCUCCUCUUCCUCCACUAGUCCCGCCCAGGAGAACUCCAUGAGGAUUCUAGACAGCAUGUAUCCAGAACUGUCUGCMCGUGCCUGGACCCUCAGUAUCCUCCGAGGAAACCUCUGUAUGUCUGCUGCUGAGACGGGGACAACACCCUCCAGCUCUGUCAGUCAGAUAUCUGGCUUCAAAACCAUCAACUCCUCGUCCACGGCUUUCACCAAAACAGARCAAAGAGGGAAGCGAAGUGGAGUCAACAUGCUUCUACCAAAGAGUGCCAAAAGACUGAGGCUKGAUAACUGCUCYCCCGGCCCUGCCGGGGCGACGGCAGGCCCUGCUGCUAAGGAGAUAUCCUCCACGACAUCAGCCAGUCCUGACCGACUGCUCAGGACACCUCAACAUGGGAGUUCUUCACAGCCUACAGAGAAGGAGAAACUGGUUGGGAAACCAGCAGGCGAAGCCUCCGUAUCCCAGGCCUUAGAGAAGAUAGCAGCCCAGUGUUUUGACCUGUUGCCUGUCAUCAAGAGUCACCUGUUUGUUGGGAAUCUGUCUAGGAAGCCUGUGUUACGGGAUGAGGAGAAGGCGGUCCUCUCUGAGUUCUCAAACAAUCAGGUUAGUCACGUACAGCUUUGCCUCGGCGUCUUGACUAAGCUGAAGACUGAGAGGACCCAGCUGCCUGGGUCUCACCUCCAGGCUCUGGUUAGAGUCUACACUGCUCUGUGCCGACAGAGGAGGGACUGGGACAGAGCACACAUCCUGGCCUACAGCAUCCUUAGAGAAGAUUUGCCUGAGUCAGCCAAGCUGGUUCUGUUCAUGGUGACCACGUGGCCCAAUGUGUUCUCCUGCAGGACUGUAGUGUGCCAGGCCAUCCACACGGUCACCAAGGUCAAAGCUCAAGGAGAGGUGCUCCACUGCCUAACUGCUUACCUGGGAUGGGAGAAGAGUCCUCCUAGUGACGUGGAUCAGUUGGUUUCCCGUACGUUGACGUCCGUCAGAGAUGCAGCUGAGAUGACCUUCCAGAAACACCCGCGACAGGGAGAGGACCUGAACCCUGUUGCCUGGCAACACAUCUUCACCCUGGAGCUGCUCUGCUCUCAAACACACUGGCAGUGGACCCAUGACAACCUACUGAGUAAAGAGCUGUGGCCGGUAAUGAACUCCUGGGUGACCCAGCCCAGAUCCAGACAAACACCCAUCCAGGAUGUCACUGUGGCUGCAGUCCUCAGACUCAUAGGACGCCUUGGGCAGCUGGGGAUAAAGGAGCGAUGUGGCUCGUCUGUGAAGAACAUCGCCAGGGUCAUCAACACGUUCGCCAGACAUGGACAGUCAGAAGGUGUUCCCUGGGAGGUCCAGCUGGCAGCUGUCUAYACCGUCUACGACCUGUCGCCUAGCAACCCCAAGGAGGCUCUGGCUGCGCUGGCGUCAUGGCGAGGAGAGACCACCCAGCCCGUCCCCCCCGCUGUCACCAGCUGCAUCACACAGAUCGCCUCGCUCUGCCGACACAUCAAACCCUAGUCCCUAAAACCUAGCUCCUAAUCCCUAGUCCUUAACCCCUCCACACUCCUAACCUCUAGCUCCUAAUCCCUAGUCCUUAACCCCUCCACACUCCUAAUCCCUAGCUCUUAACCCCUAGUCCCUAGUCCUUAACCCCUAGUCCCUAAUCCCUAGCUCCUAAUCCCUAGCUCCUAAUCCCUAGCUCCUAACCCCUAGCUCCUAAUCCCUAGUCCUUAACCCCUCCACACCCCUAAUCCCUAGUCCUUAACCCCUUCACACACCUAAUCCCUAGCUCCUAACCCCUAGCU